GCGACCCCCAUCAGCUAAAUGUCCGCGGUGCGAGAAGCGCAAGACCUUGCUGUUGUUGUGUUUGUUAUGGUCGCUUUGCCAGUAGUGAAUAAACCUCUUGCCUACAAGUAUACUAGAUCUAGAUCUAAUUCUAGAUCCCAAUCACUAAGGACUUAUAUUGUAUGCCCACACACUGAGCUGCAACAACAAUGGAAUCAAAAUGCCGCAAACUCAUCAAAGAUGUCAAGACCAGAUUCGACAGUGCAGAGACCAAGGAAGAAAUCCUGAAGUGGUCAUCAAUCAUUCGAAGUUUGCUGUCAGUACAUGCGUCUUGUUCUGAAAACAAACUGUUGGACGCCCUUGAAUAUGAUGAACAUGAACUGUUUGAGCUGCGAAAGACAAUUUCGUCUUCGCCUUUCUUUGCUCAACAGCUGUAUGGGCUUUUCAUUCAAAAGUUCUCAGUUGAUUGGAUGUCAAGCAUCACUACAGAGAAUUUUCACAAGAUUGUGAAGGCAGCUUUUUUAGAUGGACCUGUCUCAGAUGCCUUCCUCUGUCUGUCUCAAGCUAUUACAGAAUCCAGCACGAAAGAUUUCCGCUUCCACACAUGCGUGUCUUUGCUAGAAGGAAUGGUCAAUCCUGAGAGGCUGGCAGAGGUACUGUUAACACACUGUCGAACCCGCACUACCGGCAACGUAAAUUCUGCGGGAUUUGCUUUUGAUGUCCAUGAAUCAGAGAUGCUUGUGUCUGCACUGGCCUCCUUGCCUGAGAGAAUGGCAAACAGGCUGCGUCAUGACAACAGUGAGAGCUUUUACCCAAGUCACUACACUCCUGUAUUGUCCAUGGCCGUGCUGCGAGUGUUAGAUGACGGCCACGCUGCACUGACCGGAGGGCGGGAUGUGUCUCUGCAGGUGGUCAGUGCUCUGGUAGGAAAGCUCUGCCUCACAGGAGCUGGUGAUCUGUUUCUGGACACCAUUUUGCCUCACCUUUGUGCCAACGUGAGAAAAAAUUUUGCCUGGUCGCGAAUCUGUGUGAGAGUGUUUGUGGGAGUUCCGUCUCGAUGCCUGGAGGCUGUCCUUGUGCUACUGCUGCAGAAAAUUCCCUGGUAUGGACUUGUGGACAAAUUUCUCGGGGACUGCGUUGUUGAGAACAGCACGGCCAGAAUGUUGGUGUGCACCAAACUUCUACUCUUCAAAAACUUUUCUCAACCAAAGCUGCUUCUUCAAAACAUCAUUGGCUAUCUCUGUCACUCCGACACCCGGCGGCAUCUGUACUUGGAGGUUAUCGUGAAGCUGCUGGAGGUGUGGGGCAGCACCACGUCCAUGCGACACAUCUCGUCAGAACAACACCGCUACAUCUCGCGGGCCCUCGUGGUGUGUCUCGGAGCUCUGCGAGAUCAGGAUAUCGCCGCGAAGAAGGACGCUGGACAUGAACAACGAGAUGGUGAAAGAUCUGCUGAGUUAUGAAGGACUGCCCGCUGACCCUGGACCCACGCAGGCCGAGAUGCUUGCAUCAGAACAACAGGACGAGUUGGCCAAAAAUAAUGUUCUGGAAAAGAAAAUGGCAGAUGUGAAACUUCAGGACAGUGCCAACGGUCAAGCUGAGGUGGACUCUGACCUUGACAGCGAUGAUGACCUGGUGCCAUAUGACAUGUCCAAUGAUCUCAAAGUGAAGACGGUCAAGCCACCGAAGUAUUUGCGAGAGUGUAUGGAAGGUCUCCUUUGCAUAACUGACAACCUGGACAAAGCUGAGCUGUGCUUGAAGCAUGCCGAGGCCAUCGUGAGGAAAAAGAGAGAUGGACUGGAUGAGAUAGCCGCAGAGUUUGCCAAGAUUCUGUUACACAUGAGUGACAGCCAUGGCAUUGAGGAUUUCUACAUGCUGAGACGGAAAACUCUGGUCGCCCUGGCUGUUACUUCUCCGAAGGAGGUGGCCGACUACAUGACCAGUCAGUUCUACGAGUGGAACUACAACCUCAGACAACGCAUGGAUGUGCUGGAGGUUUUGGCUGAAGCAGCAGGGGAACUGUCGCAUCCGGAGAAAGUGAAACGUACAGAAAAAGACAAAUUGAUACAGGAAGUGACCCCAAGCUCUGAGCCGGCGUCGUGGAGAGAGGUGGUCCAGAAAAGAAUCGAGAGCAACACGCGCAGAUUUGCCAAGGGCAGGACGAGACCGGAGCCAACGGCACAGCUCAAUCGGUUCGCCCCGGUGGCCGGUCACUUCUUCUACCCUCUCCUGGUCAAAGUGGACAAACGAGAGCCCUGCCUGGAUCUCCUAGGCCAGGACUCAGCCUUGUUGUUUCGGCUCCUGUACACGCUUGCUAUCGUGGUUCACGCCGCGUCCAAUUUGCCGUCUGUCACUCAGAUGGGCCGCACACUCCUGGAGUUCACCUGGUCACUUCGAAUGCAUCAAGAUCAAUCGGUGCGUCAUGCCGUGCUCAUCGCAACCACCACCGUGUUCCUGUCAGUGCCGGCACAUGACAUCAUGACGGAGCUACACGCAGACAUUUCCGAGACGAUGACGUGGCUCGAAGAUGUGAUAGAGAAAGACGCUGACACGGACUGUCAGAAGAUGGCGGCUCAGGCUUUGUUGAUCUUGCAGGAACAGAUGAAGAAAGAGGUAGAGAGCCAAUCUUCGUGACUGUGAUACAUUUUGCAACGACAUGAGUGGACCUUUGACAGUAUUGAGAGUGGCAGUUUGCCGAGGCCAGAGUGGUUGAAGACAAAAGGGGAACACCAGCGUCUGUGGUGUAGUGGUUAGGCACUUCUCUGUCACGUACAGAAGACCGGAAAUUGGUUCCCCAAGUGGUUGGGAGAAUUGAAACGUGUGUCUUGAUCUUUGUGCUAGGAUGCUGACCUGCUUCAUCCAGUUGCACAGUUAACGCUUUACAGUCACACAGCCAGCAGCACAAAAUACAGCAUCUGGUCACCCAGCCAGGAGAGUGACUGCAACGGACUUCUCUUGGCCUGUCGCAGAACUGCAUAAAUGGACCAGAAUGAAUAAUUUUAACGUUCACAUUGUUGCGGCAAGCGACUGUAAAGUGUUAAAAUACUUAUAAUGCUGUCAUUAUGUGUGUAUCGACUGCUCAGUGUAAUAGACUUGGGUAUACGUUGCUUUUCAAAAUGAUGUAUAGCAGAGUCUUACUCUAAGCAGUCGAUGUGAAAAUGGCUGAAUCGAUUAAUAUGUAGCAAAAGCUGAAUGGAGUAAAUGUGGCAAUGAAGUGAGGACUGAAAGAAAUGCUUUGGUGGUGAGAGAAGUUGGCGAACAUGCUGAGAGAAAGAGAAAGAAGCAGAGUGAGAGAGGGGAGCGAUUGAGAGAGACAGAGAGAGAGAAACAGAGGGAGAGAGAGAGAUAGAGAGAGAAAUUGAGAGACAAACAGAGGGACAGAGAGAGAGAGAAAGAGAGAGAGAGAGAGACAGAGGCAGGGAGAGAGAGAGAGAGGCAGAGAGAAAAGAAAAAUUCAAAUAUAUAUAUGGAGAGAGAAAGAAAGAGAGAGAGAGAGAGCGAGAGAGUCGUACUACUUAAUGAAUCAUCAAGUGCUGUUUGUUUCUGUGUGCUGUCAUUUUCUUGUGCAUUUUACGUUCUUGCUGCUUUUCCACCCUGGGAAAUAUUACUUUGUUUUGUUCAAUUAAAUUGGUAACAAAUA